AUGGAGUCCCCCUCGAGCGGGUGGCGGGCUCUGCACUUGUUCCAUCAAGUCACGCCCCUGCUAUUAGUAGCUUACUACACGGUAGCUCUAAUCUUUGAUGUCGCGAUCCGCAUGCCGCCAAAGGAAGGAGCUGUCAGCCGGCGCUGGUACAGGGCCGCCGUCUCUCUCAUUGUCCUUGUCAUAGCUUCAUAUGCUGCUGAGGCUGCUGUAUACAUAGUACACAGCCUCAUGCAUCAGGGCUGGUGGGCUGGUCAACACAAUGUCAUCUUCAUCAUGGCCUCCAUCCUCGUCUGGGGCAGCAUGUCACUUAUUCUCGUAGACUCCGCAACUCCGCGAUGGCUACCGUAUAUUGGCACGUGGAUUUUGGGUCUGGCCCUGGAAUCCGUGAUGUUCUCCCUUUUGAUUGCGACUCGACCCCCGAGGGACAACUUUGAGGAUUCUCGAUUGGUUAUUAUUGUCUUACGGCUUGUUCUCCUCGUUUUGUUGUCAAUCACUGGGGUUGUUAUGAUCUUUACCGGCAAGAUGAGCACCAUAGCCGUGGAUGAAGAGAGCCAGCCAUUGCUAGAAGAUGGCGCCAAUGGCACGACCGCGCCGUCAUCAAACGGGACCGCAUACGGCUCGAUCGCAGCCGAGGAUUCGAAGCUUCCAAAGACCAGCGAAAGAGAGGAAAGUGAAGAGUCGGAAGUCCCAGAAGAUCAAGACAAGGAUCUCAAGGAGCGGCAACGGAAGCGACUACUCGAGCAAGGAGGUUGGUGGGGCUACCUGAAGGGUUUUUUCAUCUUUCUCCCCAUGAUAUGGCCAGCGAAAAACCGAAGGAUGCAGUUUUAUGUUUGCCUCAUGCUGCUUUGCAUCGCCGCGCAGCGAGCCCUCAAUAUGCUUAUUCCACGGCAAAUGGGUAUCAUCACCAAUGAGCUCAUGGAAGAUUACGGCACCCAUCAGCUACCCUGGAAGCCGAUACUCCUGUGGAUCGGGCUGCGUUUCCUUGGCUCCCAAGCCGGUAUCGAAGGUCUUCAAUCUUUGGUCUCGACGCUCCUCGAACAAUUUUCGUACGCUCAGAUCACGGCGGCAGCUUUUCGACAUGUCAUGAAUCUUUCUAUGGAUUUCCAUACGGAAAAAAAUUCUGGCGAGUUGCUCAAAGCUGUGGAGCAGGGCCAUUCGCUCACGUCUCUGAUGGAAUACGUCUUCUUCGACACGGCACCUCUUUUCCUAGACCUCUUCCUGGCAUUUAUCUAUCUCUAUAACCUUUUCGACGCUUAUCUCGCCUUUACAGUUAUUGUCGUGGCGGUCACGUAUCUCUGGACCACUGUCAAGCUCACAACUUGGAACCGAGAGGGGCGACGGUUAUUUAUUGAAAAGUACUUGAAGGAGAACAAAAUCAUGUACGAAUCGGUCAGCAACUGGCAGACGGUGGCCUACUUCAACCGGAACGAAUUUGAGCAAAAACGGCUAGGAGACGCGGUGAACGACCAUAUCGACGCGUACGUGCGGUACAAUAUUACCUACAACCUGAUAUUUGCUGUGCAGGUCUUCAUCAUUUUGCUUGGUUUGCUCGUGGCCAGCUUCCUUGCUACAUACAGGAUCGCCGAAGGCACAGCCACGGUAGGAAGCUUCGUCACCCUGAUCCAGUAUUGGUCAACGCUGUCCAGUCCCCUGUCUCGCCUCGCGAACUCGUACGACCGUUUAUCUUCCGACCUAAUUGAUGCCGAGCGCAUGCUACAGCUAUUCCAAACAAACAGUAGCAUUGUCGACAAAGAAACCGCAAAACCCCUCGAAAUCACCAAGGGUAGGGUCGACUUCCACGACGUGUCAUUCGCGUACGACCCGCGCAAGGCAACACUCAAAGAUAUCAACUUCACAGCAAAGCCGGGCCAGACGGUAGCACUGGUUGGUGAGACAGGCAGCGGAAAAUCGACGAUACUGAAGCUUCUGCUACGCUUCUACGAUGCCACGGCCGGGGCCAUUCGGAUUGAUGGACAAGACAUCCGUGACGUGACGCUUGACAGCCUGCGCGAGGCCAUGGGCGUGGUACCGCAAGACCCAAGCAUGUUCAACAUGUCGAUCAUGGAAAAUAUCCGCUAUGCGCGACUCGACGCGACAGAUGAGGAAGUGUACGCGGCGUGUCGGGCGGCGGCGGUGCAUGACAAAAUUCUCAGUUUUCCGGACCAGUAUCGCAGCAAGGUUGGCGAGCGGGGGGUCAAGCUGUCGGGCGGCGAGCUGCAGCGCGUGGCUAUUGCGCGGGUGCUGCUGAAGAACCCGCAGCUCGUCCUACUCGACGAGGCAACGUCGGCCGUCGAUUCCGUCACCGAAAUGCAGAUCCAAGACGCGUUUCGCAAGCUGUCCAAGGGGCGCACGACGUUUGUUGUUGCGCACCGUCUCAGCACCAUCAUGCACGCGGACUUGAUCCUCGUUCUCUCCAACGGGCACAUCAUCGAGCGCGGCACCCAGGACCAACUGCUCGCCCAAGGCGGCAAAUACGUCGACCUCUGGAACAAGCAAACGUCGCGCCGAACUGCCAAUAUGAGUGAGGAAACCGAAGACGCAGACGUUGAUGCAAAGCACGAUGUCAUAAUCAUUGAUGACCUUACAUCGUGCCCGAGACGGCUCGACGCUACAGACCUUCACAGUCUGCUCGACCACGCCGAUGGCCAAACUGACAGCAAGUCCGACGACGACUAUGAAUGCACCGACACGGAUGCCACCUCGACAUCCACGACCCACGUGCACCAAGAUGGCCAUGCGAAGCUCGAAGGACUCAGCGGUGUUACUUCUAGUCCUAGCGUUCAUGAUCCUGCCGACACAGAGACGGAUGACUCAACGGAGCGGACGAGCGAACGCAAAAUACGCCGGGUGCGAUGGGGAUCUCGUGCGCGGAGUGACGGUAUGGGAGGUGGUGGGGAGAGCGAGGCGAGUGGAGACGCGGACGGGGAGGAGGAAGAAGAGGAGGAAGAGGAGAGUGAAGACAACAGGGACGGGAACGAGGACGUGAAUAGGAGAAGAUUAUAA